CAAGGCAGCAAUUUCCCUCUUUUUAAGAGGCUUGCUUCCAUCUAUGUGCUCUGAUUCAACGCACCGCCAAAACAGCUCUUUCUUCAAGCCCACUUUGUUUCCUCUCCGUGGGCAUUUGCUGCCAUGUGGGUUUUCUUCUUUGUUCAUUCAUUCUUUGAGAUACUCUCUGAUCUCCCUGCUUUGGGACCACGGACAUAGCAAAGUGUCCUGGGCUGCAGCUGAGUCAAAGUGGGUCCCGGGGUUUGUUGUUGUUGGGUUUUGCAGGGGAUGAAUUGAUUUGCUGUCCCACUUUGGAGGCAUCCCUGGGCAGCUGGGAGCGAGUGCCUGGGAAACAGCAGCCGAGGGGACAACGGAGGCGGAAGAAUCCCUUUGUGUGCUGCCUGGCUUGCAUUGCAUCUCUCUGGGUCCUUCUCGCCUCCGUCCUGGCUGGAGCAAGAGUGUUUCGCAGCUUGGAAAAGCCUGACCGUUUCUAUCUUUCUAGCCGCUGGCUUUGUCAUGCUAGUCUCCCCUCAUGUGCUGAUGCUUGCUUUCUUUGCAGGCAAUCGUCUAUCCAGGAGCCUCGAGCUUGUUGUCAGAAGAAGCCAGGAAAAGGGACACGGAUACACCUGCCCUUGGUUGUACAGAAGUGUGUGCUGAUCUCAACAACUUGACAUCAGACCUCUCUUUGCCAUCUGUGACUGAGUUCCCUGAAGCGGUGGCACACGGAAUAGAGGAGGCAGAGGAGAGGAAAGGGGAGGAGGUGCAAUCGGCAGUAGCAGCAGCAGGAGCCGAUAACCCUGCCCUCCGUGUGAGUUUGUAUUAGCAGAGUAUGCUCUGAUUUGCUGGCUGGGCUCAAGACCCAUCCCAGCCGUUCAGGGUGUGUGGUGCAUGGUGUGGGGGGUAUCCACUGUCUCUGUAAUAAAUGAUAGAGGAUACAAUGACUUUGCUCUCUCUGCUGGGUCGGAUCAUGCGUUACUUCUUGCUGAGACCAGAGACACUUUUCCUGCUAUGCAUCAGCCUGGCCCUGUGGAGCUACUUCUUCCACACGGAUGAAGUGAAGACCAUUGUGAAGUCCAGCAGGGACGCUGUCAAGAUGGUGAAGGGCAAAGUGGCGGAGAUUAUGCAGAAUGACCGGCUCGGGGGUCUGGAUGUGCUGGAUGCAGAGUUUUCCAAGACUUGGGAAUUUAAGAACCACAAUGUGGCCGUGUACUCUAUCCAAGGCCGGAGGGAUCACAUGGAGGACAGGUUCGAAGUCAUCACUGACCUGAUAAACAAGACCCAUCCCUCCAUAUUUGGGAUAUUUGAUGGUCAUGGAGGAGAGUCUGCAGCAGAAUAUGUGAAGUCCCGUUUGCCAGAGGUCCUGAAACAACAUCUUCAAGACUAUGAAAAAGAUAAGGAAAAUAGUGUCUUAUCAUACCAAACUAUAUUGGAACAGCAAAUCCUGUCAAUUGACCGAGAAAUGCUAGAAAAGUUGACUGUGUCCUACGACGAGGCAGGUACGACAUGUCUGAUUGCCUUGCUGUCAGAUAAGGAGCUCACGGUGGCCAACGUUGGGGAUUCGAGGGGCGUCUUGUGCGAUAAGGAUGGGAACGCAAUCCCUUUGUCACACGAUCACAAGCCCUAUCAGCUGAAGGAGAGGAAGCGGAUUAAAAGAGCCGGUGGCUUCAUCAGCUUUAAUGGCUCCUGGCGUGUUCAGGGGAUCCUAGCCAUGUCCCGCUCUCUUGGAGAUUAUCCCCUGAAGAACCUGAACGUCGUCAUUCCUGACCCAGACAUCCUGACCUUCGACCUGGACAAACUCCAGCCAGAAUUCAUGAUCUUAGCUUCCGAUGGGCUAUGGGAUGCCUUUAGCAAUGAGGAGGCUGUACGGUUCAUCAAGGAACGCUUGGAUGAACCACACUUUGGAGCCAAAAGUAUAGUCCUACAGUCUUUUUACAGAGGAUGCCCUGACAACAUAACAGUCAUGGUGGUGAAGUUCAAGGGUGGCAGUAAAUCAGAAGACCAGUAAAAAAAAGAAAUCUGCCUCUCUCUGGUGAAUCUCUUCAUCAGACCUUUACACUUCAACACAGUAGACAGCUCUAACAAGUAUAUUAGUAUUUAAGACUGUACAUCCAAAAAGAAAACACGGAAAAUCAUUCUUUUUGAUAAAAAGAGAGUGCUACGCAGCAAAUACACUCAAUACUGCUUCCUUUUUAUUUCUCUGGCUCUUUUGGGGGGGAUUCGGUUUAGAAGCUAAUGACGCCUGCUUCGGCUCUUUCAAAUAGCUGCAAUUUCGUAGUCAUCAUCUACAAGCUUAAAAAGGCAAGACAGAAACAACUUGUGACUUGUCUGCAUUCAAUGGAAACAAGAUGGGCUUUUCACCGAUUUUAUGCUCUCCAUUCUGAUACUGCUCUGCAGAAAUAGGAAGGCAGGUAGCAAGCAGAUUGCUGACCUGUGUUGUCAUAGAAGAAUGAAGAAGAGGGGUUGGUUGGACACAACAAAAAUAUCCCUCUAUCUUUUUUCCAUAGGCAAAAUGUCCUUUUUGCUGCACAAUAAGGGACAAGCUUUUUGAGCUUUUCCAUAGCUGCGUGAUUAUACCUUCGGUGUGCAUGCCCUUAAUGAUACUCUGCCUUUUUUGCCCCACCAGAAGUCAGUUUUGGGGAUCUUUGCUCAUUGGAAAAUGGCACAUUCAUUAACUCUUGCUUCUACAUAUGGUGGGUGCUGGGAUUAGACACAACUGUGCAGCUUGCAUAGAUCAGAGACUGUUGCCAAAGGCAAAAUGUAAAGUUCUUGGGGAUGUUGGGUGAGAUUUUUACACUGAGUUUAGCGUUUUCUGUUACCAGUGUGUUCAAAUAGGAUACAAGGAUCUUGAUGAAGCUAGUGGGCUAAAAUGAGAAAUUGCCAUUUAGUUUACAAAAAGAUACAGCAGUAGCUUUUCAGUAGAAUUGCAGCUGAGUCCAUCAUCAACAACCAAAAGACCGGCAAGGGAAAAUUAUUCUGAUAGCCUAGGUAUUUAAUGAUGUAAAAAAUCAAAGGCUAGUUCUGGGGAUGAAAGAGGUUGAUAGCAUAUAGUUGUACUUUCAAACCUAUGAAUAUUGUAUGCUUUGGUGUAGAAAAUUGACUUUUCCAAUUCCAGUAUUGAUUGAUAAUUUAGGUGUGACCGGGUUGCUUAAUCCUCUAUAGUGCUCAUCAUCUGGCAAUUUCUUAGCAAAGUUAGGAAAAGUUGCUUUUGGGUUAUCAGGAUGCCAAAAUCCUACUGCUAGCAUGGUCAGUGGGAAUUAUUGGAGUUAUACUGGGAAAAGGGAACGUUUCCAAGUUCGCAUUCACAAUUAAAGUACAGUAGAGUCUCACUUAUCCAACAUAAAUGGGCCGGCAGAAUGUUGGAUAAGUGAAUAUGUUGGAUAAUAAGGAGGGAUUAAGGAAAAGCCUAUUAAACAUCAAAUUAGGUUAUGAUUUUACAAAUUAAGCAUCAAAACAUCAUGUUAUACAACAAAUUGAACAGAAAAAGUAAUACGCAGUAAUGCUAUGUAAUAAUUACUGUAUUUACGAAUUUGGCACCAAAAUAUCACGAUGUAUUGAAAACAUUGACUACAAAAAUGCGUUGGAUAAUCCAGAAUGUUGGAUAAGCGAGUGUUGGAUAAGUGAGACUCUACUGUAAUAGGCAAAUGUUCCAGUAAUGUGCCAUGAUAGCCUGGAAUAAUUAUGACUGUCCGAAUAUGUACAUUUUUGCCAUAGCACAAGAAAAAAUUCAGUUUCCUUUUACCAGGAUCACCACUCAAAAACGAUGUGAUCCUGAGAUACUAUCUUAAAUUGCUUGGAAGCUGAUGAACUCGUCUGAAGUCAGGACUAUUGGACAUGACCUAUCAUGUGCAUGUACGGAGCUAGUUGUAUAUUUCUAUGAGUAAAAUAGUGGAGCCUCUAGUGGCCUAGGGGAUAAAAGCCUCGUGACUUGAAGGUUGGGUUGCUGACCUGAAGGCUGCCAGGUUCGAAUCCCACCCGAGGAGAGCGCGGAUGAGCUCCCUCUAUCAGCUCCAGCUCCAUGCAGGGACAUGAGAGAAGCCUCCCACAAGGAUGGUAAAACAUCAAAACAUCCCCUGGGCAACGUCCUUGCAGACGGCCAAUUCUCUCACUCCAGAAGCAACUCCGGUUGCUCCUGACACGAAAAAAAAAGUAAAAUAGUAGUGGAUAGAUGCUCUUGCUGUUCACCUAUGGAAUAUAGCCUUCCUAAAGAAUGAGAGAGAUGGAGAGAUAAAUAAGCCCAUAGGCAUGUAGGAUGCUGGCUCAUAGGUUGGAAUUCAGUUUGGAACUUGUGUCUACAGGAAAACAGAACAGGGUGUUUUCAUAAAAUCUGAAUUCAGCAAGCGUCUACCAUGACAUAAUUGACCCAGUGAAAUGACCAUUGUGCAUUGGGACUGAUGCACAAUGGUCAUCACAGGCCAUCUGAUGCUCCUGAUGCCCAUCAAGAUAAAGACUAUGGAUUGCCAAUUGAGAUUGGUAGUGCCCCAUGAGCAUUGUGACACCAUGUAGGGAUUGCCAAUAUGCAUCAGGAGAACCCAAUACGCAUCUCACAAUUUAAUAGGAAAUUUCCACACUCCCUUUGCUACACAGCUGAAUAUGCAUACAGAAUAUGCAGCAUAGUCCUCAAUAUGGAAACACAGUUCAUGCAUGUGAGCUAUAAUCCAAAACUUUUUUCUUUUAAUAUCUUUUAAUUAUCUUCUCUGUAGAGGUAGAACAGGGCAAAACACUCCAGAAGGAGCUGUUUCCCUUCUAUUAGAAGAAAAUGAAAUAAUCAACCCACCAGGUAUUGGGACAUAGCCACUCAGUUUGGAUGGGAUAGCACUAGGCUUUAAAGCUUUGGGAAAUGCCAUCUGCUGUUUGCAUUCUCUUGAUAUAUACAGGAUCUCCUGAAUAGAUAAUUCACAUCCCUCAAGGCAGCCAAAGAAGAUGUCCUGAUCUUUGUCUAAACACACGGCGUGUUUGAAAGUAGCACAGAGAUGGAUUAAGAUAGCCAAAGGUUGUGUUAGUUACCAUUGCAGCUUUCUAAGCUCUUACUAUUUGCCUUUUUCCAUCUCUGCUGCUGAAUUAAAUUUUGUACGCUCUCAAAACAAAUUAACCUUGAAGUUCCAGGUCAUUGGGUGAGUAAAUACAAACAUUAUGCCCCCACCUGCUUUUCCUUAUUUUGCUGCUUUCAUAUAUUAAUAUAGAAUAGCUGCUUUUAAUUGAAAGAUUUAAUUAAAAGAUCCAACACUUUUAGCAAUGGAAAAUAUAAUCUAAUGCAACAAGUUUCUAAUUAUAACUAAGGAGUUACAUUACAGAAUUAAAAUGUUACAUUACAACAAAAAAAGGAAAAAUUGCUGCCGUUUUGAAUUUCUGUAGGUUCAGAAACUUUGGUGCUUCAGAAUUGGGCACCAAUAUAAGCGUUCUUAAAUGUACAGCCUUGUCUUACAUUGCUAGUAGGAGACACAUUCCCAGUUGUUGCUUGGUCAAUGCUGAGUGGUCAGCGUUGUGCUGAUUUUGCUAUUUCCUUUACAGGAAAUAUAUUACCUCAGGCAUUCACCCUCCAGGUAGCAAGAUAUCACACACUUUAGAUAUUUAUAGGAUAGGAUACCAGGAGCAGCCAGUCCAGAAUUAGUGCCAACUGCAGAUUUGGGGGUGGAGGACAAGACAUCCCCAGAAGAUGCUCUCUAUGACUGAGCCCAGCUCCUUGCCACUAUGAUCUCUGCCUAUUUCCUCUGUGUUCCCACUGCCAAAAAACACAGAAAAAGUGCUGUUGUCAUUGCUUGGAUGCUCCAAGGGAGCAAGGGAAAACAUCAAGAGGAAGUGAGACGUGUUCUGUGGAGAUCUAACAGUAGCUGGCUAUGGAUUUUGAAGUUUGCCAGUUUGAUGCUUCCAAGACCAGGUUACUUCCAUGUAUACUGGAUAGAUAAUUUCUACUAUGGAGGGCAAUCUGUGGACCAAAUGUACUAUGUUAUCACCUUUGGGUUGAACUCAAGUGGAAUUCACAGUUCCUCUAUAACAGUGUUUCUCAAAGUGUGCUCCUCCAGGUGUUUUAGACUUCAUCUCCCAGAAAUCCCAGCCAGUUUACCAGCUGUUAGGAAUUAUGGGAGCUGAAGUCCAAAACAUCUGGAGGAGCACACUUUGAGAAACUGCUCUGUAAGGUCAGAUCUCUCCUUUCCUUGGCAGCCUAUUAGGCAGAAAGGAAAAGAAAGGAGGAAAGGAUGGAAGGAAAGAGAAAGGGUAGCAGAGAAAGAGAGAAGAUAUGCAGGUGUGAACCCCCAGAUUACACCUGCGGAAAUGUGCCUCAAUAGAAGGUUUUCUUUUUAGUUCAUCAUUGGUGACUGGUGCUUCAGAUCAGACCAUUGAUCACAUUUAACUUCCACAUUUAGAAUGCAGGUCCUUAUUUCGGUUUGAGAGCAGGCAAGUAUACAAUCCAGUAAUUCUGUAUUUGUGGCAGCUUUAAAAAUAAAAGUAUAAUUAUUUGGAAUAAUAAUGUACUGUAGUAGAGCAAGAAAGAUAAAGUUCGGUUUGAUUCACAGCAACAUAACUGGAAAACUCACUGAUUUACAUCUCCAUAUAAGAUUUAACUGCCAUUAUUUAGUAUAUCAUUUAGAAAGAAAUCGCUGUCCAUAGCCAUUACAUUGUCAAAGAAGAGAAAAUAGUUUUUGUAACCGUGCACAAAUCAUCAUAAUAAUCAGUUUUAGAAAAGGUCAUUGAAAAGUCAGACUCAAAUUUCUAUAGGAGUGAGAUCGACACUUGAAUCCCUGUUCAAUUAGUUUCAUAUCCCUGCUUUACUUUUGAGCUGAAUCUCAUUCUAUACAGUAGUAAAAUUAAGGUGCUUUUGCCAAAAGGACGGUAGGCAAAUGAUGAAGAACCAUCAUGUUAUACAUGCUUGAGAGCUUUUAAAAUCUUCCCCUUUUCCUCCCCUUUUUUCAAUAAUUACUAGCUCUACCAUUGCAAUGCCUUUGAUGUACCCUUCCCUUGUGCAUGAGAGAUUUUAUCAAUAGUUCCUAACUCAGAUUGCAAAAUCUUAAACAAUCAUCUCUUUAACAUUGGCUUACAUCUGCACCAUCUCUAUUUAAGCAUUUUCCUAAGAGUAGGUAGCUAGCUGUAAAGUUAAUAGGUGGUAUGGCCAAACCUUUAUUCUCGAGCUAAACAUAGUCAUAAGAGUUUUGGAAAGUCUCCCUUUGUUUUGGAUUUGUUGAUUGUUUUAGGUCCCAAGUUUGUAUUUAGAUGAAAUACAAAGUUAAAUAGAGAGAGAAAGGGGUAAAUUCUGCUACCUCUGGUUACAUGAUUAAAGAUAAGAAGAGAUAGAAGGAAAGGGUCAGGCUUAAGAAAAUCAGUUUGCAAGACAAAAAUGCAAAAGAAUAGAAAGAUAUGCUAUUAUAGGAAGCCCUAAUUAACUCUCCCUGCUUCUAUUGUUCCCUAGUGGCUCAAAGUUACUUAUGCAAAGAUUGUUGCAACUGUCUUCAUUUCCAGCAUAGUAUUGCUGUGAAAAUUAGUACAGUAGUCGAUGGGUGCACCCCCAAAUGUCCCAUGCAGCAGAAGCAUAGUAAAAGUAUAAUUUAAAAAAAAACUGGCAAUGGUGAAAGAGAAAAUAACAUAAAGUGAACAUAACAGAAGUAAACAUCAUGCACAAGAUAACUCUAACUUGUCUUUGUUGUAGAUUAUGCAUUUUGCUGGAUUCUGAGAGCGAAAAGAUUGAGACAAUGAAUUUUCAAAAGAACAAUGACUAAAGAAAUGUUGUAGUAAAGAUUAGAGCAGUGGUUCUCAACCUGUGUGCCGCAAGAACGAAAAUGUUCUGUACCAGAAACUAGAGCUGAUGUGGUCUAUCCAAUGCAGUUUUCUGAAUCAGCACCCCAAAUAACCAAACCAAAACUGAAGUUCACCAAAAACUGAUUCGUAACCCUUUUGGUACUAAUGUUGAAAAGUGGUCCCUGGUCAAGUGGGCCCUAGUUAAAAAAAAAAAGGUUGGGAACUACUGGAUUAGAUAGUCAGUCUACUCUCUUCCUUGAGUGUAAGCCCUGUGGAUAUUAGAAGGAUUACGAAUUGCACUGUUAGCUCUCUGAUAUAAACUUUAUGAGCAUAAAGACUCUUAGAAAAAGGAAUAUUUCCCAUCCCUGUUUUGACCCUGUACAAAACUUUAAGAUUUAUGAGACCUUCCCCAAAUAAUAGCUAUCAUGCUUUUUUCUUUUUAAAAUAUCUUAAAAGAUAAUAUAUUACAGCAUAGGAGAAGAAGGAAAAUAUUUUCUGCAAAAAAUAUAAGGCCUUGUAAGCAAAAGGGAUCCGUAGGUGUAUUUCUUAAUCUACAUUUUGUUGUAAGCAAAUUUCAAUAUGUAAGAUGGGGGAAAUUCAUUGUUAAGAGGAAAUAGGAUGCAAGCAAUUACCAAAUACAGGUUAAAAUCAGUCAAGUGUUCAAAGAGGCCAUGUUUGCCCAGCCAGCUAAAGAAAAAGUGUUGCACUCAGUACAAGACCUCAUUCUGAAUUAAUAGCUUAAUAUGCAUAUUUAUAGACAUUUACAAUUUUAAUCUUGUAGAAAAGACUCUUACAUCAGAAAUUAAAAAGAAACAAAAAACACAGCAUGGCUUUGUGAAAGAAGUUUAUUGACUUAAAGAACUAUGUAAUAUUCCUGUAGAAAUUUGACUUGCAUGACUAUUUUGGGGCAUUAGAUAUUCAUUCUAACCUAUCAUAUACAGAUAAACGUUUGAAAUCCAUAAUUUGUCAUGCACUUAAAUUUAGGACUUCUAUCAGAAAGAUGGUACUAGUCAAAAAUAAAGAAACAGAUUUACUUUAAUGAUGCUGGCUUACAUUGAGAAGCAAAAAAAAAAAAAACUUGUAGAAGUUAGCUUCUCUGAAUUUCCCCAUCAUCCCAGGCCUGUCCUUGAUCAUGACUCUUCCUGUGCCCCAUUUCAGCUGACAUGCUAACACAUAAGAGAAGUUUUAUGGGGAAGAAAAGGUUGGAAACGGGCGAGGAAGACAGGAGCCAAGAAAACCCUAUUAUUAGAGCACAGCUCUGUAUUAUUAGUGCUGAAUUCAACCCAUUGAGCUCAAAGGGAAUACUGCCAAACAAUUAAGUGGUGCUUUCAGUCUAAAGUUUGCCAAUGCUAGCUUUACUGAUAUAGUCUAUGCAACACAUAUCUAAUACACAUUUAAUGAGUUCACUGUUGUGACUAGCUGGUAUCUAUUUCCAGUCUGUUUCUAGUUCUUUUUUAGCCCUUUAGAACUAAAUGUUAAAUGACUGUUAGUUGUUUUCCUAUAGAUUACUAUGCACACUUAAGUAUAAGUCUAGAAAUAUUAGUUAAAAGAUUGAUCCCCCCCCCCCAAAAAAACCAAAAAACUGGGUGGGCUUAUCCACAGGUCAAUGUAAGCAUUGUACCUUUACUAUUAUCAACAUAGGAAGCAUCUCUGAGUAAAGGGGCCAAAGGCGAGUAUUGUGUCUCUUCUGGGAGAACUUAAAAGCAGCACCGCAUGCCUCAAUUCUCUCUGCCACAGUGCCAUUUCUGCAUAUCUGGGAAGGAAAAUGGCAGUGGUGGUCAGAAGUGGUUGGCUCUGAGCACCUCUGACACAUUUCCUUCUCACAAUUUUGGUCCUUCCCUUGACUUAUACAUGAGGUCAAUGAAUACAUGAGUAUAUAUGAUUUCUUCGCAAAUGUAUAGUAAUACAGUAGUUUGCAGGAGGAUAGGUCCUAGUAAAAACCCAUUCAUUACCUUGCUAGCAUUAAAACUGGGAAAGCAAGGUGAUUGCCUUAAACACGGUAAUAAUGUAACUGACCCAGUGAAGACACAUCACAGCAAUUAUAAUGCAAACCAUGGUUUGUAAGAUCAAUGUAUGGUUUUAGGUCCCGAUUUGUACCCAGUCCUUGACAAUUGUUAACAGUUCAGACAUAAUAUUCAAUCUGCAUUUAACACAAACUACUGUUUGUAUAUCCACUACAACUUAACAGCAUCAAAUGCCGAUCUGUGGCCAAUCUUUACCUAUGCGUUAACAAUCCGAACAUAUGCUAAAGGGGAAGAUGGCAUGUUUUAGGUCUGUGGCUGCAUGCAACCUGAGAAAAUGUUAUCAUGAUAUGGUAGACUGCUUUAUAAAUGCCUCUAAAAUCAAUUUCUAUUAUUAAAAAAGUAAAAGCAACUAUGUGAAGAUUCAUAGGAAAUCUAUAUACGCUGCUAUACUUUGUGUAACUUUUCUGCAUUGUGGUGGGAAAUCUAUUUUUCUACAUUCAACCUAAGGAGAAUAAUGAUUCUUGGUGAUUGGUAUGAAUUUAUACCUUUGAUUCUCACAGGGGUUGUUGUAAUGAUAGCUCAUAGGGAUUGUGCAACGUCUUUCUGCAGUCAAGCUGACUGGAUAUGCAGCUGUCUGGUUCAGUCCUUUUGAAUGUGCAUGUCUUUAUGCCAAGGAUGUCUGAAGACACCUUGCUGCCUGAGGCAAAGGACAGAAUUGUGACUUAUCCAGUUCACUAUUCCAUGUACAUAAGCCUACUGGAUUGGCAGCUGAAUUUUACUUCAGUGCUAACAUUGGCUAAUGUUGCCCCUUGCAUGUCCAAAAGAAACAGACUAGUUCAUGGGGUAGAUCUCAGGCUCAGUGGGAGCGGUAAUGGGCAGGAAGGCUCAAGAGUGGAAGUGGGCCAUUUUCCACCUGAAGCAGUUGCCUCACUCCACCUUUCAUUGGUUGGAACAUUGUGCAAAACACAUUGUGCACAACAUGCCCUCUGGAUUAUAGGAAUGACUUGCCAACCUGUAUUUGUAUUCAAUAGAAACCUCUAAAGUAGGCAUGGGCAAACCUUGGCCCUCCAGAUGGUUUGGACUUUAACUCCUUCAAUUGUGGAAAUUGAAGUCCAAAACACCUGGAAGGCCAAGUUUGCCCAUGCCUACUCUAAAGCCAUUAGGGUGACAUUACUAACAUUCUUUAAUAGAAGGUGCAGGUUAUACAUUUGUGGGACACUCUGAAAAGCAUGUAGAAACACCAAUGUUCUCCAGUCACGUUGAUCCCUGUCUGUAAGCAUGGCAUAGCCAUUUUCUUAAAUACUUCAAGGAUGUUUCUUGCUGGAUUUGUAUUUUAACUGUUACUAGUUUGCAUUCGCAACAUUAAUGGAUCUGCAAGAAUUAUUCCUGAAAAGCUAGAAUUAAAAUUCUCUUUUUGAUCACGUACAGGAAUUUUCUAGGUACUCUAAUGCAACUCUAUGUUAAUUUCUAGCAGAAGCCAUUCAUUUUAUUAAGAUUUGCUAUUAUUUGUGGUUUCCUGUUUCUACACUAUAUUUAGAAAUGUAUCCCCAUGGAUACAGGAUUGUAAUGAAUAUCUGGUCUUCCUCUGUGCCAGAACACUCUGCUACUAUCACUGUUGGAAGUCCAAUGUCAAUCAAGGCUCAAAGCAGUGUCAGUCAAGGCUCAAAACUGAGAUAGUUGAGAGGAAGUUCUGGACCUGCUGCAUCUAAGUGUUUUUGGAUUUAUGGGGGUCUUAAGGAAAACACAAGGAUUUGUUCAAAGGGGGCUUACCAUUGCCUGAGUCUGAAAGAGGGCGACUUGUCAAAGGUUACCAUAGCUAAGUGGGGUUUUAAACAAUUUUCUAUCACAGUUCUAUUGCAACAUUCAAACCAAUAUACAAUUAGUUUGAAUGUUACUGGGUCGAAUAAUUAUUUUUUGUCUCAUUUGAAGCUGUGGAAGGAAAAACAAAAAAGCCAUAUAAAUUGACAUGAAUUUCCUGCUGUUCUUGUUCUACCACAGAGGACAAAUGCAGUAUCUUAAAAAAUCAAGGAAUGAAAUAAGAGGAAAUAUUUAGGUUUGCAGAAUCUACUUAUUUAAUUGAAUUAAAUCUUUUAGUUGAGUGAAAAUGACCUUGAUUGAUUGAGCAGAUGCGGGGCUAUUUUAAAAGCCGUUCCAAAGGUGUUGCACAGAUCAUAAUUAAUUCACAAAUAUAACAUCUACUAGGAUAUGCAUGGGCAUAAUUGAAAAACAAACGAAAUAUUGUCAGACCUUACAUGCGAUACAAACAAAACCACUUACCAUUUAAUUGACCAAUCUCUUUACAAACUAACUACUCUUCAUGGCUAUUAUUGUGGGUUCAUAACCUAAGAGACACUAUUGCCAUUAUGUAAAUGUCUCCUUCAUAUCCCACUUGUGCUUCAAGGAGCUGGUCUGAGCAAUGGAGGUCUAUUCCACUGGUGAUUCGGCUUUAGUAGAAUGAAUUUUCGGUCCAUCCUGUGCCAAUCAGAGUUAGGAUCCCAAUCAUAAUUUCUUUUUGCAUCACAUUUAGUUGGAGGGAGAGAGCUGGAAGCAUCAUUCUACUGCACCCAAACCAGCAAGAAAACAGACCUCUGUUGCUCAGUGUGUUUACUGGCUGUUAAAAUAGGGUUUUUGGGGGUGAGGAGUGGGCUAGGAGACAUUGAUGUAGGGUCUUUGCCCAAAUGCAUAACUGUUUUUUAAUCUUCAGUGAAACAAUGCUAUCACUUUAAUUGCACUUUGACGAUGCAGAUUAAAUUUGUGGGCAUGAGUCCAAUCUGUUCUCUCUUCCAGAACCAAACACUUCAUUAAAAGUGUAUCCUGGCUGGGAAGAGCAGCAUUUCUUGGAGCUUUUUCUCCUCUUUAAUGUUGUGGCCACAUGGUAAUUUUCUCAGCCACAAAUGUGUCAGUCUUAAAUAAUUUCUUAAAAUGGCUGCUGCCUCUAAUUGCAGAGUAUUGUUUAAAAGCGGUGAGAGCUUCCACCAACAUCCCUGUAGUAUUUCAUAGGAACAACAGAAGUUCUGAAUAAAUUAAGGUUUCCAGUGAGAUUUCCUACUUUUAUUCACAGUUAGCACAGUUAAUAGUUCUCGGCUAGCUAAGGUUCACCUUUUGCGCUAACCCUUCAUAAAACCUAGCAGGGUUGCAAUUUUAAAUUAAUUAUUACUUGGAAGAUUACAGCAACAAUCCCUAUUCACUUUACUGGAACAGAAAGUGCAGUCUACCCAGGAUUCAAACAGUGUUGGCCCUUGUGCAGGUAGUUACUCAAGUCGUUGUGCAAAUCAGAAGAGAUAGAUUUCAAUUAUCAUUUUGACAGGAGAGCUCCCCAGCCUUUGCUGCAAGAUCAGAAAUUUAGCUACAACCGGCCAGUGCUUCUUUCUUCUGCAAGGCUUAGUUGCUGUUAACACAAUGUAGAAAUGGAGACUAUUGGCCUCUCUGUUGUACUGUAAUUCCCACUAUCCCUUACUAGCUAUGAUAGCUAGGGCUGAUGAGAGUUGCAGUCCAGAGACAUCUAAAAGACCUCGUGUUCCCUACCCCUCCUAGAUCAGAAGAGAUUUCCUCUGGGGAUGAAGCAACAAAAGCAAGGUUGUUUUGUUCUAUUGUAGAUGAAGCCAAUCACUAGGCAUCUCACACCCUUUUAAUGCAGGUGAUGAGAUAAGACAAGUUCAAAAGAGCCACUAGAGUUGUUUCCUAUUUAACACCCAGAAUUAAUAUUUUAAAACAAAGGCAUGUAAUGUGCCUUGAGUUUUCCAGACAUCACCCAGAAGCUAAUGUAAUCUUUGGGAUGGACCCUAAAAUACAGACAUGUGGUCCAAGAUUCCAGAGUAAAUUGUAUCGUCCAUUUUUUCAGUGAAUUAAAUCCAGUUGCGUGACAUCUACAACUGCAUGCUGAAAUCUGAAAGUCAUAAUUGAAACCUACCAAAAUCCUGCAAUUUGGCCAUAAUGCAGAAUAAAAGGAACUGGUGAAACCUUGUUCUUGGCAUUAGCAGAGGGUUUCUUUUGUACUUAUUUUACAUCUGUCUCUAAGAGACAAUUUGAAAUGUGGUCAAAUGAAAUGUAAAUACAGUUAACAUUUGGUGUAGUAUAAACUAAAGGUGACAGUGCACAGUCACUCCUAGAUGUAGGUAUCAAUGGUGUCUUCAUUAUGUGCAUUAGAUAUUACUUUUUUUAGAUGUGUGAUAAAUGUAUGUUUCACGCAACAACAGAUUCUGUGUUAAUGUCUACAGGAAGUGUAAACUACUGAGCAAAAAAAGGCCUUGGUUGUAUGUUAAAAUAAAAAUAAAUGCUUUGAAAGAAGCGUAUUUAAAUA